CCAACUACUUCCUGUGCGAGCGCUAAAUCAGACAGACGGUUCCUCUUUGGAAUGGGCUCAGCAGCGCUCGGAGGAGGUUACACGACGACAGACGGUGAAGCAGUCUAGGAGUUUUGAACGGGAGAUACGUUGACAAUUGGAGAGUUUUGUCCGAAGAGCAACCAGCCAUGAGUUGGGGAACAGAUCUUUGGGACCAGUUUGAAAACCUCGACAAACACACACAAUGGGGCAUCGACUUCCUGGAGAGAUAUGCAAAAUUUGUGAAGGAACGGCUGGAAAUCGAACAGACAUAUGCAAAGCAAUUAAGGAACCUGGUGAAGAAAUACUGUCCGAAGCGCUCCAAAGACGAUGAACCCAGGUUCACGUCCUGCACAUCUUUCUACACCAUCCUGAACGAGCUGAAUGACUACGCAGGUCAGAGAGAGGUCGUUGCCGAGGAGAUGGGACACAAGGUGUACGGCGAGUUGAUGAGGUACUCAUCAGACCUCAAGUCAGAGCGGAAACAUCACCUCCAGGAAGGCAGGAAGGCACAGCAGUAUUUGGACCACUGUUGGAAACAGAUGGACAAUAGCAAAAAAAAGUUUGAACGGGAGUGCAAAGAAGCAGAGAAAUGCCAACAGCUGUUCGAGAGGUUGGACAAUGACAUCAACGCCACUAAGUCAGAAGUGGAAAAGGCCAAGGCCCAGCUGUACCUCCGAACACACUCGGCAGACGAGAGCAAGAACGAGUACGCGGCUCAGCUACAGAACUUCAACAGCGAGCAGUGGAAGCACUUCAACGUGGCCAUACCGCAGAUAUUCAAGAACCUGCAGGACAUGGACGAGCGGAGGACAGUGAAGCUGGGAGAGACGUACCGGAGCUUUGCGGAGGUGGAGCGUCGCGUGGUGCCCAUCAUCUCCAAGUGCCUAGAGGGCAUGGUGUCCGCUGGCAAAGCAGUGGACGAGAGGAGGGACUCCACCAUUGUCAUAGAGGCCUUCAAGUCUGGGUUCGAGCCCCCCGGCGAUUUCCCCUUUGAGGAUUUCAGUCAGAACAUCACCCGCACAGGCUCGGACGGCACCAUUGGCACGCCCAAGAAUGAGGGGGGCAAACCGGACCCCAGACACCACGUCAACAAAGCCAAGAACAAGCUCUGGCUCUUUGGUAAAAAGCCAAAGGCUCCAACGUUGGAGGAUCUGAGCCACCUGCCCCCUGAACAGAGACGCAAGAAGCUGCAGCAGCGAAUUGAGGAGCUCCAGAAAGAACUGCAGAAAGAAGUCGACCAAAGAGACGCGCUGAACAAGAUGAAGGAUGUGUACGAGAAGAACCCCCAGAUGGGCGACCCCAGCAGCCUGCAGCCCAAGAUCUCAGAGACCAUGUGCAACAUGGAGCGCCUGCGCUCAGAGAUCCACAAGAAUGAGAGCUGGUUGUCGGAGGUGGAGGGGAAACAGAGCUCCCGUGGUGACCGGCGGCCCAGUGCAGAUGUCAACCAUCAUGCACCUCCCGGGAGAGAGAGUCCUGAGGGUAGCUACACAGACGACCCCAGUCAGGAGCACCGCAGUCCUCCUCAGCCGGACCCUCACGAGUUUGAUGACGAGUUUGACGAUGACGACCCCUUACCUGCCAUCGGACACUGCAAAGCACUCUACUCAUUUGAUGGUGCAAACGAGGGCACGUUGGUGAUGAAGGAGGACGAGGUGCUGUACGUGAUCGAGGAGGACAAGGGCGACGGCUGGACGCGGGCUCGCAAGCAGACGGGCGAGGAGGGCUACGUGCCCAGCUCCUACGUGGACAUCACGCUGGAGAAGAACAGCAAAGGUUCCUGAGUGGCGUUGGUUGGGGUGUGUGUUGGGUGAGGCAUUUAUUUUUUGAGGGGGUGGAGGUUGCAACAUAUGCAGCCCUCCAUCUAUCUAAGGGGAGUGGGGGGGAUGGGGAGUGGAGCGUGCUGGAGGUUUCACAGGACGAGCGGGCGUUAAUGAGAGCAGGAAGAGAAGAGAAGGACAGAGGGAGAGAGAGAUAGAUAUAGAGAGAUCUAGAAGGAGGGGGUGUGCAAGCCCCUUAGAGAUGCAGGAAGCAUGUUUGCAUGCCGCUCCAUCUGUCCCUAUGACUAUCCAUCCGCCUAUCCAUCCAUCCAGUUUUUUUCUCUUUUUCACAACCGCAGUUACCGCCAUACCUUUGAACGUAGAGAAAGCUAGAGGAUGGCUGGGGUGUUUAAUCUCAGUGCGUCUGGUAGGGAAGAACUAGAAUCACCAUCAUAAUCAUCAUCAUUCGCAGCAGCAUAGACCAGCAUGCAUUGCUCUCCUCAUCUCUGCCCUUUGACCUGACUGCAUUUGGGCCUCUGCCUGGUCGCUUUCCCUCUCCUCCACUAACCAACUGCCUGCUCUCUUCUGCAGUGGUUUACACGUGCUGCUUCAUCCCCAGGUCUCGUGCAAAGUGGGGAUGACAUGUAAACUGCACAUCACGCUUGUAUGGCAUCAUCGUCCUUCAUGCUUGCCACCAUGCCAUUCUCCUCUCAUGCCUGUAACACUGUGUCUUUUCUAGCCCGCAAACAAACCCAAUGACUUUAGCUCUGUGUUCUCCCAGGGCCAGUCUUUAUAAAAUAUAACUACUUUUAUUCUGUUGUAUAAACUCCAUCAUGUUCCUUUUCCUCUGUGAUGUUUUAUGUUGGUCAUAUCAUUUUGGUUUGACUGUAUGGUUGACUCAUUUUUUGCCUUGCUGACAACCAACCAUCUUGAAUGUCUGUGUUAACAUCAUGCCAUGUCAUGCCGAUGCACCAUCGCAUUCACACAUCUUGUGCUGUUUUAUCAGAAGCAUAUCUGACACUUGGGUGAAUAUAUAAAUCAGUCCAGUAGUCUACAGCAGACUUCAGCCUCCCGCCACGCUCCUACUCCUCCCCCGUACCCCCAUUCCCCACCCUUCCUCCUCCUCCUCCUCCGCCUCACUGCACCGAUACUGCUGCCGGUGCCGGAAGAGAGCUUCUGUAUUACUACUACGUCACACCACCAGAUGGCGCUCGCGCACCACGGAGAGCAGCAGCUGAAGCAGCUACACACCAGAUGGCCUGGAGUUCUUCAAGUGUGGAUGAUGGAUGUGUCCCAAUCCCCCUCAUCCCCUCAAACACAGGGGGAGGUAGAGAUAUCUAGAGAAUGGACCUCAGUGCUGGCCAAAACAACACCUUUGUCCUCAGCCAAGCCAAGCCAAACCAAACCAAGCCACGUUAAACCCUCCUCAGCCCAGUGCCUUGAUGUUGCCUGAACAUGUGUUCAGAUGCCAGGCAUGGGGGCGCUGUUUGGUGCCCCCUGCUGGGCAAGGCGAGACGAGCCUUACCCAUCAUCCUUAACCUUCUGCAAUAUCACAGGUGCUCGGCAGAAAAACAAACAUACAAAUGUACACACAGACACCCAUGCACACACAAACUUUCACGUACAUCCAUACACGCAUACUCAAACACAUGAAGCGGUGCUCACAACUGCUUCCCCCAACCCAGUGAACCACAAUCAUUGGAUUAGAAACAUGUACAUCCUUUCUCAAGUGUCUGUUGAAUGUGAAUGUGAUUUGUCUUUGUUUUUAAAAUAUUCAUACACAUUGAUCAUGCACAGAGGAAGGCAGCUGUGCGUAUGCCCUGUGGGGUAUGUUUGAUUCGCCUGCUCUCUCUCCUUUUAUACUACAGAAUUUGUAUGUUUUUAACAUUUUUCUCAUUCCAUAUUGAAUGUGUUUUUUAUUUUAUUUCAUCUUUAAUUACUUUUUAAAUUCUGGGGUCGGGGAGGGAAGAGGGGAAGGGAGUUGGAGGGGUGCAAUAAGCGGUUAUCACCCCUCGCGAUCGAUUCGUGCUGUUAGCCCAUCUGAACCGUGCUCUUCUUUGUUUAGGGGUCGAAACACCUUUUCUGAAGAGAGACCUGGUCUUGACUAAUGCACUUUUUUUACCCUAUAGCAUUUGAAAUAAUAAUGAAUAAAUUAAUGAAUGAUGUUGUUACUUUUA